AUGUCCCUCCUCGCUGAGCGUCGGUCGCGCUCCCUCCUUGCUGAGCGCCGGUUGCCUCCCUCCCUGCCAUCACCGGUCGUCUCCCUUCCUGCCUCGCCGGUGUCGUCGUCGGGCCUGCCUCAUUGGCGAGGUUGCUCCCCUGCACGACCUCCCUCCCUCCCUGCGAGAUCCAGUGAGAACCUUCGAGGUCAUCUUGCCGAGCUCCGGCCGCCUCCCUCCUCACCUCGCACCGGCCCCCUCCCUCCCCGCCUCACCACCGUCGUCAUCGGGCCCGCCUUGCCGGCGAGGUCCCUUCCCUGCAUGGCCUCCCUCCCUCCGUGCGAGAUCCGACGAGCGCCGGGCGCCUUCCUCCCCGCCUCGACAUCUUCCUCACCCGCGUCCCCCACCAGGACGAAGUCUUCCACUUCGUCCAUGGGGCUCUGCACCGUCGUCUUCCUCCCGUGCAAGGGCAGCGUCCUCAAGCUAGGCCCACCACUAUAG